AUUUUGCAGCAAAUCAUCUCCCAUCUGUUCCCACACUACAGUACAGCACUGUAGCUCGGCUUGUCCGCUCAAGCGACCCGCACAACAUUUUCGUCCUACCUUACAAAGUACCGUAUGUAAUCUAUCCUGCCAUCUCAAAAGAAACCCGUCAAAGAGUCCCUAAAAAAAUUCAAUCCGAGAUGAAUGCAAAAGAGAGAUACCUCAGCUUUAAAAACCGUCCCGAUGGUCUUCCAUUCGCUACCACCAACGAAAAUGGCGAAGUCAAAGUAUACACGGUCGAAGUAUUUUGCCGCGCGAACGAAGCAAACGUGGGGCAGCCGCCCAGGAUGUGCCGGACCGAAUCCAAGUUCAGCCACACGGGUAAUCUAAGGGUCCACUUAAAAGCCGUUCACGAGCUGCGCCUUCCCAAACUCAAAGCCGGCGCGCCGGCUCGGGCAGACAUCAUUGAGGUCGAACGUAAGGAAUACAAAUUUUCCUUAAAAAAUAUUACCAUUCAGAGUACAGAGUAUCUUAGUUGAACAUGCUAAUUAUGCGCAAUAAUGCGCAAUAGAGUUUCUGGAACAUUUGAUGGAAUG